UUAGGGUCACUUCUUUCCUUUUGUAUCCAGGAGGGAAUCGAAAAAGCAAAGAGAAUUCUGAAAGGACAGACAGAAUCAUUCAGGGUGACGAAUACAUGAUGUUAUACACACUUGUAUAUAAUAUGUGUUAUGGGAAACUGCCUUCUUACAGUUACGCUUCGCAGCUGUAUGACAAGUACAAGGAAGCACUUGAUGAAUACAUCAAUUCUACAGGAUUUCGCUCGUCCUCUUCUGACAUCAAUCUUGCUGGAGUAGUGCACCAGGUUCAAGCAAAAUCCCCAGCUCUGCUUUUCAAACAGCAGCUAACAGCAUAUGUCGAGAAAAUGUAUGGAAUUAUUCGUGAUAACUUGAAGAAAGAGUUAGGGUCACUUCUUUCCUUGUGUAUCCAGGCACCGAGGACCUCCAAAGGAAGUGUGCUAAAGUCUGGUCGAUCCUUUGGCAAAGAUUAUUCAAUAAAUCACUGGCGAGGAAUAAUUGAAUGCCUUGAUUCUCUUCUCUGUACUUUGAAAGAAAACUUUAUGCCUCCGAUUCUUGUUCAGAAGAUAUUUAGUCAAGCCUUUGCAUACAUGAAUGUACAGCUCUUCAACAGUUUUCUUCUUCGCCGGGAGUGUUGUACAUUCAGUAAUGCAGAAUGUUAAAUCUGGNGAUAUGUUAAAUCUGGUUUGGCUGAGCUAGAGCUGUGGUGCUCCCAAGCAAAGGAAGAGUAUGCUGGCUCAUCCUGGGAUGAACUCAAACAUAUACGACAAGUUGUUGGAUUCUUGGUUAUACAUCAGAAGUACAGAAUUUCGUAUGAUGAUAUCACUAAUGAUUUGUGUCCUGUUCUCAGUGUCCAGCAACUUUACAGAGUUUGUACUCUUUACUGGGAUGACAAAUACAAUACACGAAGUGUCUCCCCAGAUGUCAUAUCUAACAUGAGGGUACUUAUGACAGAGGACUCGAACGACGCCGAGAGCAACUCUUUUUUGUUAGAUGAUAACCCAAGUUACGCUUCGCAGCUGUAUGAUAAGUACAAGGAAGCACUUGAUGAAUACAUCAAUUCUACAGUUCUGCCUGCUUUGAGAGAGAAGCAGGAUGCUGAGCUUAUGUUGAGGGAGCUUGUGAAGAGAUGGGAGGAUUAUAAACGUAUGCUCAGGUGGCUCUCUAUAUUCUUCCAUUAUCUUUCACGGUAUUAUAUUCCUCGAAGAUCGCUACCUACACUGAACGAUGUUGGUCUGACAUGCUUCGACAAUUUGGUUUAUAAGGAGUUGAGCAGUAAAGCUACAAAUGCUGUUAUUAUGUUGGCA